AUGGUGCCUUUUAAGGCCUUGUAUAGCAGAAGAUGUCAGACUCCUGUUUGUUGGUUUCAAGAUGGAGUUCAUUUAAUGGUUGGACCCGAGAUGUUUCAAAGAACCAUAGAGCAAGUUGAGCUUAUCCAAAGGAGACAGAGCAACUCAGAGUUGUUAGAAAUCAUAUGCCGAUCAAUGCUAGAGGCCUUUGAAAUACUACAUCAUAGGGGACUAGUAGCCUAUGAGUUAGCUUUACCACCUCAAUUGAAAAGACUACACAAUGGCUUUCACAUGUCACAGCUGAGGAAGUACGUCCCAGAUCCAUUUCAUGUAAUCAAGCCAGAUGUUGUACAGCUACGAGAUAACUUGUCAGUUGAGCCUUUAGCUACCUGCAUUGAAGACACUAGAGUUAAGGAGCUUAGAGGCAAGUCCAUCUAA